GGCCCAAUUUCUCGUUGGCAAGCCGUAUUUACAACGCAGAUGACGAUGAUAAUCAUCAACAAGAUGGGAUCGAAUUGUAGCUUCCCACUGUGAGCUAGUUUGCAUCUGUGUAUUUGAAGUGGCCUUUGAUUGGAAGCAAUUUCUGCCCAAACGGGGCUCCAUUCUCCUCAGUGAAUGUUCAUUAUGUAUGGCAACUGAUUCGUGCAUACAGCUUUUCCUCAACGUUGCUUUUUGGAUUGGAACGAUAUCCAAAACACAACUGGAACACGAAAGAUAAGGCAAGCGGAAGUGAAAGGGAGAGCGAGGGGAGUCAGAGAUUGGACAUCUCCUCCAGAUUCUGAUCACUUACUCUGUCCAGGUACUGAUCCGAGGUCUGUUUGUCAGAACUUAUCGCUGGCAAUCCUCCAUUUUUCGUCUGGUGUUUGAGAACAUGACGUCGUUUGAAGUACCUCUUCUCGAGGGUGAUCUUUGAAAAAGAACGCUAUGUGGGUUGUGGGUUGUGAACCAAACUAGUGUGGAAAUCCCCCCAUUGCCUCAGAAUGAAGCUCUCCGCUAAUUAGAAUGUUCAAGUGCCAAUUCAAGAGCGCGUUGUAGAUACCCGUAGAUCCAAUAUCUCAUUCGAGAUGGCUGCUUCGUUGCUCUAUCUGUGCCAAUGGACAUGGAACAAGUACUUAAAGACCGGCCAAGAACAUGUUCGGGAGUCCAAGGCCACUCCCAUGUCUCCAGACGACGGUGAAGAGAUUGAGUCUCCCAUGCCUUCGGAGAUCCAACAGCCUGUCAAAAGGCGUGGAGCCAUCUCGGCGGAGCCAAUUACCGAGGAAGACGCCUCAUCUUACGUCAAGAAGGUUGUUCCCAAGGAUUACAAGACCAUGGCCUCAUUAUCGAAGGCCAUUGCAAAGAACGUGCUCUUUUCACAUUUGGACGAGAACGAGAGAUCCGACAUUUUUGAUGCCAUGUUUCCCGUCAACGCCAUUCCCGGAGAAGUCAUCAUUCAACAAGGAGAUGCCGGAGACAAUUUCUACAUCAUCGACUCCGGGGAAGUGGAGAUUUUCGUGGACGGCGAGAAGGUGCUGAACAUCGGGGAUGGUGGGAGCUUCGGCGAAUUGGCCUUGAUCUAUGGAACCCCUCGGGCUGCCACCGUGAAGGCUGCGUCGGAUGUGAAGCUCUGGGGUAUUGACCGCGAUUCCUAUCGCCGAAUAUUGAUGGGAUCGACCAUCAGGAAGAGGAAGAUGUACGAAGAGUUCUUGUCCAAGGUCUCAAUUCUGGAAAAUCUCGACAAAUGGGAACGUUUGACCGUGGCCGACUCUUUGGAGUCUGUGUCCUUUGAAAACAGUGAAGUGGUUGUCACCCAGGGCGAACCCGGCAAUGACUUCUUUAUUAUUGUCGAGGGCACGGCUGUGGUCACUCAAUAUCGAAAUGAAGGGGAAGAACCCGUGGAAGUUGGUCGUCUCGGCCCCUCGGAUUACUUUGGUGAGAUCGCUUUGAUCUUGGAUCGGCCCCGUGCUGCUACAGUCACAGCCAGAGGACCACUAAAAUGUGUCAAACUUGAUCGCGGACGAUUUGAGCGUGUCCUUGGUCCAUGCUCAGAAAUUCUGAAGAGGAACAUUCAACAAUACAACAGUUACGUGUCCCUUUCGGUCUAAGCAGAACGAACUUAAUAUGAAGCCCCUCCUCCUUUCGCCCCUUCCCCGUCCUGAGCAGUCACUAAUAUACAACUCGCAAAAACCAUUGUUGAAAUAUGGGAUCGUCACUUCACGUCAAGACUCGAUUAACUCGGAGUGUUUCGCCAAUCUGAACAAAAGACCUUUCUCACCCACCAUUCGUUCCUCGUUGACGUCGCGGAAAAUCUUCUCUUCUUUUAUUCUUGGAGGAGAGAGAACAGAUUCAAGUGCCAAACUAACCAUCACAAACCAAAUUGGGGAACAAGGUCAAAGCCGACUCAAAAGAAUGUGCGUAAACACUUCCUGUUAAUCUUUCCUCUUGUGCGGACCUACUUGAAUCCUAUGAUUACUAUUAUUAUCAUUAUUCCUACAACGAUUUCAUUAUUUCUACUUCUGCUAUUAUCACGCUAACGGCCGGAUUUAAUUUUGUGUGAAAUGUGUAAUAAUCCCUAGAAAAUCCUUGCUGCUGAUGUUGGUUUCGUGUGACCACCAUCUUUGCGUGCCCAACCAUCCAACCAACCACCCCCUAGAGGUGGAAUUGACAAUGUCCAACGCCCCGCGAAAUAUCCUCUUAUACUAGUAUAAAUAGAAUGCCAAGCGGAAAAAGUGGACAUCGACCUUGUGUUAACAUUUUAUAACCUCAUCUCCCUGAUCAAUAUUUACCCAUAUGUAUAUGCUAUUUGUUACUACCGAUUCAAAAUGAUAUAUCUAAAUAGACUAAGAAGAAUCAUCAAUUUAUGUAUCAAGAAAAAAAACGACAAAAAAAGCCAAUAAAAAAUGAAAAAUGUGAA